GAAUUGCCGCUCUUCAUCGGGAGUGCCGUCAGAUAAGAUAUACUAUAGAAGAAAACAAAAUGACUACUCCCGAAUCUCGUGUGAUCAUCGUCGGCGGUGGGGUCUUUGGCCUCAGCACUGCCUUGUACCUGGCCCGUGAUGGCUACAAGAAUGUCACCAUCUUCGACCGAUGCGAAUUCGACAAGAACCACUAUAAUCCAGCCAACGGAUGCGAUGGUGCCUCGGCCGAUAUCAAUAAAAUCUUCCGUGCGACCUACGGGUCGCAGAGCCACAACCAAGACCUUGCUCUGGAAGCCCGAGAUGUAUGGCUUGAGUGGAAUCGGGCCAUCAAGGAGAGUCGCCCAUCUGAUCUGCCUUUCCCACUGACGCCUGAGGAUAAAUUGCUUACUCUCUGCGGUGUUUACCAUCUGGCCGAUGGGAAGGAGAUGAUUGGUCGCUAUGUUGAGAACCUGAAUGUGAUGGAGAAGACGGCGCCUUCAUUCCGCGAUCUGCAAUUUAUCAAGGAUAGUCCUCAAGACGAAGACCGAGCAAAGGCAUUGGGCCCCGAAUGGGAAAAGAAAUAUCACCUUUUUGAUAAAUUCAGAAAUGGUCGCACAAAUGGAUUUCUGGAUGCUGGAUCCGGAAUCACUCUCGCGGACAAAGCCUGUACUUAUGCCCGCCAUCUGUGCGAACAGGCAGGCGUGAAAUUCAUCUUGGGUCGACCUCACGGUGAACUGGACCAAUUGAUCAUCAACAAGUCGGGCUCUUCCAAGCGAGUCUCUGGUAUCAAGACACGUGAUGGUCAAAGUCAUUUUGCAGAUCUUGUUAUUGUUGCUUGCGGACCAUGGUCAUCAUCAGUCAUCCCAGAAGCCCAUCGGUCCGUGGAAGCCACAAUGGGAACAGUCAUGUUCAUCGACAUCCCAGCCGACAGACAGGAUCUGCGACAGAGAUUCCAUCCAGACAGAUUCCCCGUCUGGCGGUUCAUCGAGGGCGAGGGAGAAGCAGCCUACGAAGGAGGUGGCUUCCCUGUCACAAAAGAAGGUCGACUCAAGUUUGGAUUCCGUGCGAGAAAGUUCACCAACUUCCAAGACCAUCCGACACAGCAAAACCUGCGAAUUUCAACUCCUCGAACAAAAUAUAGUCCAGAGCCCAUCGACACGGUGCCUCUGUACGGUCUCCAGCUGAUGAAGCGGGUUAUUGGUGGACUGUUUCCCGAGUUGACUGAGAUUGGCUUCACAGAUAGCAGGUUGUGUUGGUACACAGACAGCGUUGACAAUGAAUUCGUCAUCGACUACGUACCCGGCUACUCCGACUCUCUCUUUAUCUGCACCGGUGGCUCUGGCCACGGCUUCAAAUUCCUCCCCAUUCUCGGCAAGUAUGUCAAAAACCAACUUGAGCGAAAGCCAGACCGAUUCACACCUAUCUGGAAGUGGCGGACUGUCGAGGAGGGUAAGAACUGCAACGGACUUGAGGAGGGAGAGGCUGGGCCUCGUGAGAUGUCGAGAUUGCAAUUGGCGAAGCGUAAGUAUCCUGGCGCUAUUUCUUUUUUUUUUUUUUUUUUCUAGAUUGUGAAGUGUGUUGACGGUUGAAUAUAGGGAACGACUUUACAUUUCCUAUCACGAGUUCCUUGUGAGAGCAUCUUUAGACUUGCAAAUAUAAAUUGGCGUCAGAUUCGGUACUCUAGCAGUUAAUGACUAUUACUUUUAAAUAUUAACUGUUUCGUUAGUCAAGUGUUUUCCAAACAUUAUGGUUGUAUGUGACCAGAUAAAGAAAAUGCUGGGAUCGAAAUAGAAGUACAUAGGAAAGAAAUACAUCAACGACAGUCAGUG